AUGUCAGAGGAAGAACAGCACAACAGCAGAAGGCAAUAUUAUUUUAACUGCACGCUCUUAAAACUACAUAGCUAUUAUACGUGAUUUAAGAGGACACAUGUAUUGAGAAGUCAUAAUAUUCGAACAGAAGAUAUUCCGACUAGUAUCCAGUAUUUUUAUUGUAGCGAACAAAAGACGCAAAAGCAUUUUCACAUGGGAGUUGGUGUGAAGGACAGCACUGACUGCAUAUUUUGACAGAAAUAAUGUCCUUAGCUUUCUCGAAUGUAAAUAUCUAUAUUAACUCCAUAAAUUACUUGCUCUAAACAAAAACUUGGGAAGAAAAAUGAAGGGAAAAAAAUAACUUGGAUCUAAGGGGACUAAAAUGUUAUAUAUUCGAGUUCACUGUGAUUUACUCAUUCACAGAGCGGGGUGUACAGUCUCGUUUCAGGGUAAGUCGCCGCCACCCGGGUGCUACCCAGCAGGGGCGGGAUUCGAACCAAUGACCAUCGCAUGAUUAGGAGAGAAAGAGCGCAAACCACUACACCGUCUCCAUGGCAUGCGCCGAAUACACAGUUUUCCGCGACUCCCGUCAUUCUUAAAUACUUAAUCAGUGGAAAUAAGAGUGCGGUCCGGCGCGCACACGUAAGAUAGAGGGGCCCAGUCCGCUCCAUUCCACUCCGCUGAGGCUGCGCGCUUAUUGGAAUGUCAUUCACUUUCCGAGGAUCCGCCGUUUCCGAUUGGCUGCCUCGGGAUCCGCCCACAAACAGGCAAGGUGGAGUUGAGAAAAAUUAAAUUAAAAAUGAAGCUGCCAAAUAGACUAUGCAAAGGAGAAAUGCAAGGCUGCAGAUUAUCAAUGAAAGUGUUUAGAAGUGCGUUUCUCUCGCGGAAGCGCUACGCCUUGAAGUCGAACGCGCGAUUCUGGGAGCGCUGCUGUUCUACGCGGAGGGGCGAUGGUGGAUUUAAACUUUUAUUUCACUUUAAGUAUUUGUGUUUUUUUUUUUUUUUUAUUUAACUAAAUCUAGUAGUAUCAUCAAGCAAUUCGCUUAGAAACACUCCAGCGUUUGCCGGGUGAAUCAACACGGGUGGGGGGGAAAGUUGCGCACGAGGAUGUCAGGACUGGUUUACGAUCGGUUCCGAGGCAGAAAAGGGAAAGCGCGAUGUGAGCGCAGAAGGCGGAGAAGCACGGCGAACUUCUGGAUGUCUCGCCUGCGCGGAGAGCAAUGGCUGCUGUGCGCCUGCCGAGCGCUGACUGGAAGAGACGGAGAGCGAGAGAGCGAGUGAGAUGGAGGCGGGGGAAGUUCCCAUCUCUGCGGGGACUGGAGUGUCUCUGCCCUGGACCGGCGGCGCAGUGCUGGCUAACAUUCAACCCAGCCCUUCCACAGCGAGCUCCGCACACGCACUGCCACAGGUAAGCUAAGCUGCGCGCACGCAACGCACUUCUUCGCAGAAGCGUCAAAACGCCGGCUGCCGCCGCCGCUCAACUCCGCACCGGCCGCUCAAACGCUUCGCUUUUUUGUGCCACUUUUCGGGAGAAAAUAUUUGUGGUCGCGCUCGUAGCUGGAGAAAAGGGGAGGGAAGGAAAAGGGCGCGUUUCGAGGUCGCCAUGCCGGCGUUAACUGCUUCUGCGUCUCGGACACGAGGCGCGCGGAAAGUCUUCCCGCCACUGCCAAGCGUCCCUGUUUACUCGGCGUCGAACGCUUUAAAAUGCGGCGGCGCGAGCGAGCGAGCUGCCCCCCUGUCCGCGAGCGAGUGAGCGGAGAGGCGGUCACCCGGAGACCUCCACGCGGUGGGUGUAGGGAUAACCCGCCGCCUGCUCGCUCGCUCGGCCAUCUGGGAGCGCACUGUAAUUUCUCACCGUUCGGGCUCCGCGCCGCUCCGCCAGACCCGUCGAUCCGCGCUCCCGAGAACGUUCAUCGCCCUCCUGCGAAUAGCCCCGCGACGCGUCCAGCAGUGCGCUCGCUCCAGGUGAGUAGCGUGCGCGCCUCUGCCCCUUUUAUUGAGCCCUGAGCGGGGUUCGCGCCUCGUCCUGCCUGCACGCGCGGCCGUUGGCGGCGUCCGGCGCAGCUCCGAGCAUGGCGGCUCUGGCUUCGUGCUGCGUCGCCAUUCUAGCGCCCAGUGUCGCCGUCUCGGGUACCGUCUAACUGGAGCCGAGUCGGAAUGCGCUGGAGCCGCGGGCGCUCGCCCAGCCCUUGCUAACCGCGAGCGCGUUUUACUUCGACGGUUGCGAUCUCCUUCUGUGCGACUGCAGCCCCAUAAGCGCUCGUUUUGCACGUUUUGUCGCGACUCCCCAGCCUUUGAAGACCCGUCUUCCCACCGCCAUACCGCCAGAGCCCGAAGCCGCCAGCGCCGAGCACCCGCUUCUCGCCGGAGCGCUGUUUUGUCUCCAGAAAAACCAGAAACAAUGAAUGGAGAAAUGGAAUCCUCUGCAAAGGACCAAGAGUGGGUUAAGGAUGACCUGCUGAAGUUGCUGGAUGGCAUGAAGGCCAACCUGCCCCAGAAUGACAUCAGUAAAUAUAAGACUGCAGAGUCUCAUUUGGACUGGGAGAAGGUGGCUUUCAAUCACUAUUCUGCAGAGAUGUGCAAGCAGAAGUGGCUGGAGAUUUCCCGUGAGGUACGCAAAUUUCGCACACUUUCAGAGCUGAUUGUUGAUGCACAAGACUACAUCAAGAACCCUUACAAAGGAAAGAAUCUGAAGAAACACCCAGAUUUCCCAAAGAAGCCUCUGACGCCGUACUUCCGUUUUUUCAUGGAGAAAAGGGCAAAGUAUGCAAAGCUGCACCCUGAAAUGAGCAACCUCGAUCUUACCAAGAUACUGUCAAAGAAGUACAGGGAGCUGCCAGAGCGCAAGAAAGCAAAAUAUAUGCAAGACUUCCAGAGAGAAAAGGAGUUGUUUGAACAGAACAUGGGGAAAUUUAGGGAGGAGCACCCAGACCUGAUUGAGAACAUGAAGAACAUGAAGCGUUCUGAUGUGCCAGAGAAGCCCAAGACACCCCAGCAGCUGUGGUACAACCAUGAAAAGAAAGCUGUCCUAAAGGCGCACCCAGAAGCUACCACAAAAGACAUCAAAGAAACAUUGGCAAAACAGUGGACUCAGCUGUCUGACAAGAAGAGACUGAAGUGGAUCAAUAAGUCUCUGGAACAGCAGAAACAAUACGAGGAAGCAAUGCGUGAGUUCAUUGCACAGCACCCAGAGCUCAACAUGUCCCAGGAAGACAUCAACAAGUCCACGCUGACCAAGGCAGAGAGGCAGCUGAAGGACAAGUUUGAUGGAAGGCCAACCAAACCCCCACCGAAUGGCUACUCCAUGUUCUGUGCGGAGCUCAUGUCUACCAUGAAGGAUGUGCCAAGCACAGAGCGCAUGGUUAUGUGCAGCCAGCAGUGGAAGCUCCUGAAGCAGAGCGAGAAGGAUGGGUACCAGAAACGCUGUGAGCAGAAAAAGAAAGAAUAUGAAAUUGAGAUGAACCGGUUUCUCUGCACUCUUUCUGAAGAAGAACAGCAGCGUGUGCUGGGUGAAGACAAGAUGCUUGGUUUCAACAAAAAGGGCAGCAGCAGCCCCUCAUCAAAGAAGAACUCUAAAACAAAGAGUGACUCAAGCAAGCCUAAGCGGCCAAUAUCAGCCAUGUUCAUCUUCUCCGAGGAGAAGCGUCCCAAGCUACAGCAGGAUCGGCCUGAACUCUCCGAGAGCGAGCUGACUCGCAUGCUGGCACGCAUGUGGAAUGAACUCUCUGACAAGAAGAAGGAGAAGUAUAAACGCCUAGAGGCUGCUCUGAAGGCCGAGUCGGAGAAAAAAGGCCAGGAGGAGCGUAGCCGGCUCCCCGAGUCGCCCAAAACUGCUCAGGAAAUAUGGCAGCAAAGCGUGAUCGGAGACUACUUGGCCAGAUUCAGAAAUGACCGUGCGAAGGCCCAGAAGGCCAUGGAGGCAACAUGGAACACCAUGGAGAAGAAAGAGAAGAUUGCAUGGAUCAAAAAGGCAGCAGAAGACCAAAAGAGAUAUGAGAGGGAGCUCAGCGAGAUGCGCUCACCUGCCGCUGUUGUCGCCCCAGGGAAGAAAAUGAAGUUUGAUGGAGAGCCAAAGAAACCUCCGUCGAAUGGUUACCAGAAGUUCUCCCAGGAGCUGCUUUCGGGUGGCGAGCUGAACCACUUGCCGAUGAAGGAGCGCAUGGGGGAGAUAGGCGGGCGCUGGCAGCGGCUACCGCAGAGAGAGAAGGAUCGCUACAAGAGGAUUGCUGAAGAGAAGCAGAAACAGUACAAGGUGCAGCUGGAUCAGUGGCUCAAGACCUUGUCGUCGCAUGAAAGGGCCAUGUACACAGAGUACAAUACCAAUAAGCGUAAGAGUACAGGCAAACCUGGUGGAACAAAUGCCAAAGUUAAAGCCGCCAGCUCUAGAAAAUCCGACUCGGAUGAAGAUGAGGAUGAUGAUGAUGACGAUGAGGAGAAGGCUUCAUCCGAUGAUACAUCGAGUGAUGAGGACAGUGAUGAAGAAGAUGAGGAUGAAGAGAAUGAAGAUGAUGAUGACGAUGAUGACGAAGACGAGGAGGCAGAGGACAAGGAGAAUAAGACUGGGAGCAGCAGCAGUGGGUCCACAUCCGAGGACACAUCAGAUUCCGAUUCAGACUGAGCCACAUGGGCCCCAUGGACCAUGAGCAGCAUUGUGCUGAGCCACACGUUUGGGGGGGGGGGGGGCUGCCCUGCAGUUGUCUGUCUGGCCAGUGGAAGGAAUCAGUCAACCUUUGUGUGUCUCCUGUUUCAUUAUUCAUCUCUUCGUGUUCUACUCCCUCUUUCUGUCUCCUAUCAACAUUGGACGUUUCUUCAAGCUCGGAAGAGAAGAUGGCCAAGGCAGAACGCGCAGAGGCCAUCGCAACGUCCCUUUGCUCUCCUCCCACCGCAUGGACCUCUUUGGCUCGACAGCCUAGGUGCUGAACUCACAGGGCAGGAGUCGCUCACUGGAUUCUCUUUGACGCGCGCAGACUUUUGUUGACAGUGUUCUUUUAAGUUGGGGAAGGCUUUUUGUUAAAUCCUGAUAAGUCAGUUUUAAAUUGAUAAUGGGGAAAGAUGAAACUUGAACCCACACCGUUUUAUACAAGUUACCCCCUGAAAUCGCGUGAUGUAAAAUGUACACUGACCUGGUUAGAUGGGGGCAAAAAGAAUGUACCUCCUCAGCAUUGUUCUGCUGGGCCUUGCUUCCCUUGCUGGGCCUGAAGCCAAUGAACAUUUUAGAUUAUCAUUUGGGAGGGUAUUGGGGACCAAGUUGCUGCACUCAGAGUGUGUUUAUUAACUUUGUUUUCAUCUUU